AUGGGCGCCUACAAGUAUCUCGAGGAGCUGUGGAGGAAGAAGCAGAGCGAUGUGCUCCGCUUCCUCCUCCGCGUGCGCUGCUGGGAGUACCGCCAGCUGCCCGGCAUCACGCGGCUGACCAAGCCCUCCCGCCCGGACAAGGCGCGUCGCAUGGGCUACAAGGCCAAGCAGGGCUACGUGGUGUACCGCGUGCGCAUCCGCCGCGGCAACCGCAAGAGGCAGGUGGCCAAGGGCAUCGUGUACGGCAAGCCCGUCACGCAGGGCGUCACCCAGCUCAAGCCCAACCGCAACCUGCGCGCCAUGGCCGAGGAGAAGGUCGGGCGGAAGUGCGGCGGCCUGCGCGUGCUCAACUCGUACUGGGUGAACCAGGACUCGACGUACAAGUACUUCGAGGUCGUCCUCGUGGACCCCGCGCACACCGCGAUCCGCAACGACCCCCGCAUCAACUGGAUCUGCAACCCCGUGCACAAGCACCGCGAGCUGCGCGGCACCACCUCGGCGGGGAAGACGGGCCGGGGCCUGCGGGGCAAGGGGACGCGGUACGACACGCGCCCGUCGAUCCGCGCUACCUGGAAGCGUCACAACUCGAAGGUGUUCAGGCGCUACCGCUAG